ACAUCAAGGAGUAACUAAUAAUAACUGGAGUCAUAUUGAAAUCUCCGACUGAGAAACAGAGCUCUAAAGUCGUGUCCUUCAAUGGUGACUACGGAGGCUAGCACCGCCGUCUCCGGUAUGGAACCAAUGUCUCCGCCCCUAGAAUCAGACGGCCCUACUGAUUUCCUUGAUAAUGAGAGGCUAAAGGCAACGUUUUCAAGUGGAAGUCUUGAUUUUGAUGAUUGGACUUUGUUAAUCUCUGAAGUAGAGACUUCGUUCCCAGAUGAUAUUGAGAAGCUGUGUCUAGUGUACGAUGCUUUCUUGUUGGAGUUUCCGCUGUGCCAUGGCUACUGGAGGAAGUAUGCUUACCACAAGAUACAUUUUUGCACUCUAGAAGAUGCUGUUGAAGUUCUCGAACGAGCAAUCCAAGCAGCUACUUAUUCUCUAGAUGUAUGGCUUGACUAUUGCACUUUCGCUGUUGCUGCGUAUGAAGAUCCUAAUGAUGUUUGUAGAUUAUUUGAGAGGGGGAUCUCAUUUGUUGGGAAAGAUUAUUCUUGCUGCGCUCUCUGGGACAAAUAUAUAGACUUUCUCUUGAUUAAGAAGCAUUGGAGUUCACUGGCACACGUAUAUCUCCGGACCCUGAGAUACCCAUCCAAAAAGUUGGAUUUUUAUUACAAGAACUUCAGAAAGAUUGCAGCUUCUUUGAAAGAGAAGAUUAAAUGUGGAAUAGAAGUUAACGGUGACCUUUCUUCAGACCCCAUGGAUGAAGAUUUGGCCCCUAAGCGUCACAGUGAGGAGGAGAUCUCUGUUGUUAUAAGAGACUUGAUGGGUCCUUCUUCUAGCUUGGCCGUGGCAAAAGCACUGCAUGCAUAUUUGUCAAUAGGGGAACAGUUCUAUCAAGAUUCGCAGGAACUGAAGGAAAAAAUAAGUUGCUUUGAGACGCAAAUCCGCAGGCCUUAUUUUCAUGUAAAGCCGUUGGACACUAAUCAGCUAGACAAUUGGCAUAAGUAUCUGAGCUUUGCAGAAACAUAUGGGGACUUUGAUUGGGCUAUUAAGCUUUAUGAGAGAUGCUUAAUACCAUGCGCUAAUGACGCCGAGUUCUGGUUCCGCUAUGUGGAUUUUGUUGAAAGCAAUGGUGGAAGGGAGCUAGCAAACUUCGCGUUGGCCCGAGCAUCACAAACUUUUGUCAAGGAUGCAUCUGCUAUCCAUCUAUUCAAUGCACGAUUCAAGGAACACGUUGGAGAUGCAUCUGCCGCUUCUGUUGCUCUGUCUCGAUGUGGCGAGGAGCUUGGUGUUGGUUUUGUUGAAAAUGUAACUAAGAAGGCUAACAUGGAGAAACGAAUGGGUAAUUUUGAAGCAGCUAUUAGUACAUACAGAGAGGCUCUGAAGAAAACACUCAGUGGAAAAGAAAACUUAGAAAUCACUGCACUGUUGUAUGUUCAAUUUUCUCGUCUCAAGUACAUGAUAACAAACAAUGCUGAUGAGGCAGCUCAGAUUCUGAUAGAGGGGAAUGAGAAAGUUCCUCACUGCAAAUUACUUUUAGAGGAGCUUAUAAGACUCGUAAUGAUGCAUGGAGGAGGGUGUCGACAAGUUGAUUUGUUACAUCCAAUCAUAGAUAAAGAAAUAUCUCACCAGGAUGAUUCCUCCGGUGGUCUGAGCGCAGAGGACAAGGAGAACAUUUCAAAUUUAUACAUGGAGUUCAUUGACCUGUCUGGAACCAUACAUGAUGUGAGGAAGGCUUUGCGUCGACACAUUAAAUUAUUCCCACAUUCUGCCAAAGCCAAGUUGCAUGAGUCCCGUCCUUUGGGGAAUUCGCUAAGAGAGUUGAUUCAACAAAGAGAAAAGACUCGUGAGUGCUUAAAUCAGGACCUAUCAACAAACAAAGGCACUGGCAGCAACACGCUUGAAGAAAAGAAAGACUUUCCUCUGAUUCUGAACUCUGAUGAUGCUGACUAUAUAAACACCGAGCCUAAUGGGGAGUCUCACGUUGAAGAAAACAAUAAUGUUGCAGAUAGGAAGAAGCUCUGUGAGUCACAGAAUGAUCUGUCUACGGGACAAAAGUCGAAUGAAGGUGGUGAACGCUCUCGUGAAGUAAGCCUGCCAAUAAAAAACACGCCGCCUGAACCUGGGUUUGUCUCUAAACAAGCUCACUUCUCUUGCAGUUCAGUAGAUACUGUGAAAUCUGAUGCUAUAGAGAUCCAACCCAGUGGCUUUCGGAGUCACCAAAACCAAGAGUUUCUCAGGCAAGCUAGUCGAAACAGGUUCCAGAGGAGAGAUUUCAACCAGAAUCGUAGAGAUCACAAACCUCGUUCACAGGAGAGACCUCCCCAGAUGUCGUAUCCUCCUCCAGUCACAACUGGUCGUGGGGGUUUUAACCAGCUGAUGGGUGUUUCUCCUCGAGACAAUCCCUCAGUCUCACAGAGUCUGCAAAACCAGUGUCAGUACCCCAUGGUUCAACCAUCUAAUGCAUAUCCCCCUCAAGCCCAGAUUCCUGGACACCACAUGAAUGUAGCCUCGUCUGAGAAUCCAGCAGCAGUGCAAAACUCAUUCUCACAGAUUCCUCAGAACCAACAUCAAGGCUCUGCAGCUCAGGUUCAACCAUCCUUCGCUUAUCCUCAGUCUCAGAUUCCUCAGCAUCCAGUGCAAAGUAAUGACCAAACAGAGGGUCAAGUGCAGAGCUACGAAGCUUAUAAUCAGAUGUGGCAACAAUAUUACUAUUACAAUUACCACUACUACCAACAACAACAACAGCAACAGCUUCUGUCUGAACAACCACAACCAAAUCAGAAUAAUCCUCACCCGCAACAAGAUCCGAAUCUCCUCUCCAAACAGUACCAAACUCAAGCUGGAACUCAGCACCCGCAAUCUCAGCAUGUGGAUACACAGCAACAUAGCCAAGAACCACAAAAUCAACAGCAAAUUCUAUACCAACAACAACAACAACAAGAGUGGUUUCAACAGCAGCAAGAGUAUCAUCUCUAUCUUCAGCAACAAGAGUUGCAAGGAGAAGCAAAAGGUCACGAACAGAGACCCUCUGUGCCACAAGUCUCCACAAGGGACAGUGAUAUACUACAAAAGAGUGGAGAAUCUGGAGGACAUGAAGUAGAACAUUCUUCUGACACUUCCAUCACUUCCAUAUGAGUUUUCAUGAAAGUCUAAUUGUUUCAGCUCAUUGUGUUAUGUAUUUAAAAGAAUGUACUUUUCAAUUUUAAAAUAUUUGUAGUACCAUUUUCCGUAAUCUAGAGAAGAAUCUUAAAAAUCGAAA